AUGGUUGCGUCGCGUGUGAAGGCGUCGUUGCGUUGCGUGCCCCUCAUUGGGGUACUGCUGUGCCUCUCAGCUGUCGCUGUCCCUUUAAACGCCUCCGCCCAGGCGGAUGAUGCUCAAUGCGCGGGGGCGAAACCCUGCCAGCCGGGCCUCAUCUUGCCCGUAUGGAUGCCGCAGGGCAAUCUGCCGCAAUGCACAAUCUUCAUCCGGGCCACCGUAUACUUUAUCGCUCUCGGCUACAUGUUCUACGGCGUCUCCAUCGUGGCUGACCGGUUCAUGGCCGCCAUCGAGGUGAUCACCUCACAAGAGCGGGAGGUGAAACGCCACAAGCCCGUCACUGGAGAACCGGAAGUUCGAUUGAUACGCGUCUGGAAUGAGACCGUGUCGAAUUUGACGCUAAUGGCGUUAGGCAGCUCGGCGCCUGAAAUCCUCCUUUCCGUCAUCGAAAUUUUCGGCAACAAUUUCGAGGCCGGUGACCUGGGUCCCGCGACGAUUGUCGGAUCGGCCGCCUUCAACCUGUUCAUCAUCAUCGCCAUCUGCAUUUUGGCCAUCCCCUCGGGCGAGGUGCGUCGCGUGCAGCACAAUCACGUCUUCUGGGUUACGGUGCUCUGGUCAACGUUUGCGUAUGUUUGGCUGUACCUCAUCCUGUGCGUCUUUUCGCCGGAUGUUGUCGAGGUGUGGGAAGGAGUGCUGACAUUCGUGUUCUUCCCCCUAACCGUCGCCUCGGCCUAUUUCACCGAUCAGCAUGGAGGAACGUUUGGAAGGCGCUUCUUCACUGCACCCCUCCAGUCGAUCCGUGGCCGCCGGCGCUCCCCGACGCACAUCCCGAAAAAUCGUGGCGGUGGCUCUGGCAAGGACGCCGCUCAACUGCUCAGCCAUUCGGCCCCCGACCCGGAAGCCGUCGCUUUUGAGGAGCACCGGAAACAGUAUCUGGAGAUGUUCCGUCAAUUGCGCAUCGACCAUCCAGACGCACCGAUUGAAGAGCUCGAAAAGCUGGCCACCGAGAAAGUCGUCAAGAGCUCCCGGAAAAGUCGCGCCUUCUACCGUAUCCAGGCGACCCGAAUGCUGACCGGCCAGGGGGAUAUUGUCAACCGGAAGCUGAAGGGCAAAGAAUCCAAGCAGCUGGCCAUCGAGAAGCCGAAGAACAAAUUUGUCGUCAUCGACUUCGACCCGGCGCACUACAUGUGUCUGGAGAGCUGCGGCAAGGUCAAGCUGACGGUGAAAUGCGAUCGAGGGCUGUGCGACCCGAAUUGUACCGUAUCUGUCGCCUAUAAAACUGUGGCCGACACCGCGCAAGAAGAGUCCGAUUUCAUCCCGACAAACGGCACACUGACCUUCAAGGCUGGCGUUGAUACGCAAUACAUCGAGGUGGAGAUUGUGGACAACGACGUCUACGAGGAGGACGAGCAGUUUAUGGUCCGGCUCUCACAGGUGCGAGCCUGGGGCCUUAACAACGCGCCGGUACCUGUACGACUCGGAGCCGCCGCCCAGGCCACCGUACUCAUCGUCGAUGACGAUCACGCGGGCGCCUUCGGCUUCACCAGCGAAAAAUUCAAAGUGCCCGAGACGAAUGGCGUAUUUGUGGCCGAGGUAUUCCGAACGCGCGGAGCCCGCGGAAAGGUCUCAAUCCCCUACAAAACUGUUGACGGAGCCGCGAAAUCCCCCGGAGACUACAAACACGUCGAAGGGCUGCUCGAGUUUGAGGACGAGCAGACAAAGGGCGAGAUUACGGUGGAAAUCGUGAACGACAUCGAGUACGAGAAAAACGAGGAGUUCUACAUCGAGCUGGGCGAGCCGAUAUGGCAGGAUGCGCACGAGGGGGAAGGAGCGGAAGGGCGUCCCGUUCUUGGCGACCAUCCACGCUGCAAAGUCGUUAUCAUUGAGGACAAGGAGAUCAAGAACGCGCUUGAGAAGGUGUUUGCCGACGCGAACAUCGCGUUGAUGGUCGGCACAUCCUCAUGGAAACAGCAAUUCCGGGAGGCGUUCGAGGUCGAGGAUCUGGACGAUGACGGCUCCAUCUCAACCAAGGAGAAAAUCCUGCACUACGUCUCGUUGCCGUGGAAGCUGCUGUUCGCCCUCAUCCCGCCCACCGACUAUUUGAAUGGCUGGCUGUGCUUCUUCGUCUCCAUCUUCUUCAUCGGGCUGCUCACCGCCUUCAUCGGGGACCUCGCCGCUCACUUCGGGUGUACGGUGGGACUGAAAGACUCGGUGACCGCCAUCUCACUCGUCGCAAUGGGAACGAGUAUACCUGAUACAUUCGCCUCAAAAACGGCGGCCAUCCAGGACAAAUACGCCGACUCGUCAAUUGGAAAUGUCACCGGAUCGAACGCGGUCAACGUUUUUCUUGGCAUCGGCAUCGCGUGGAUGAUCGCCGCGAUGUACCACGCGUGGAAUGGCACCGUAUUUAGGGUACAAGCCGGCGCGCUGGCCUACUCGGUGUCGCUGUUCCUCAUCGGCUCCGUCGUCUGCAUAGCCGUGCUCCAGUUUAGAAGAUUCAAUAAGGGCAUCCAGGGCGAGCUGGGCGGCCCGCCGCGAUGCAAAUACCUGGCGGCGCUGAUCUUCUUCAUGUUGUGGGGCUUCUACGUGCUUCUCUCAUCCCUCGAGGCCUACUGUAUCAUUCCCGGAUUU